AGAGAGACUCAAACAUUUCCCUUCUCCUGAGCCUUUCACACAGAGGACGUCCACCCCUCCAAACAGAAGCAUCCCAUCUUCGUCGCAGUAGCCCACUUUCAGCCAAAUUAUUUUGACACGGUUCAGUGGCCUCGGUGCUGGGAUUGCUCGUAAAGGCACAGUUUCACUUCAGUUAUUUGGAUAAUUAAGUUUCUUUAGCAUUUUUAAAGAUUGGAGCAACUAUUCGAAAAAGAAAUCAAAAUUGGAAGGAAACAUUCACUCGUCUGCGGCGCUUAUGAUGGUAUUCCCGGGCGCCUAAAACUCGUCUUUCAUAACUUGCAACAAACGUCUUGCAUUAAGGUAUUCUUUGCAGUUAUGCCUCAAUUAGGGCACGCGGCACUGUAAAAGGAGCCUGACCCGCGCCGGAGAGUAAACGAGAGAGCGUUCAGGAGAGAGGGAAAAAUAAAACGUGAGAGAGAGGGGGAGAGAGAGAGAAAGAGAGAGAGGGGGGUCUCUACGCCACGAUGGCUCUGACCGACAAACACAAAGUCAAGAGACAGCGUCUGGACAGAAUCUGCGAGGGUAUCAGGCCCCACAUCAUUAAUGGUCCACUGCACCCUCGCCCCCUGGUGGCACUACUGGACGGGCGCGACUGCACAGUGGAGAUGCCCAUACUCAAAGACCUGGCAACCGUGGCUUUCUGCGAUGCACAGUCUACACAGGAGAUACACGAAAAGGUGCUGAAUGAAGCAGUCGGAGCGAUGAUGUAUCACACGAUCACGCUGACACGCGAGGACCUGGAGAAGUUCAAAGCACUACGCAUCAUCAUUCGCAUUGGGAGUGGCUAUGACAACAUCGACAUCAAAGCCGCAGGAGAGCUGGGUAUUGCUGUGUGUAAUAUCCCGUCUGCAGCGGUAGAGGAGACGGCGGAUUCAACGAUGUGUCACAUCCUGAACCUGUACAGGAGAAACACUUGGCUGUACCAGGCACUCCGAGAGGGCACGAGGGUCCAGAGUGUGGAGCACGUCCGAGAGGUGGCGUCCGGAGCAGCCCGCAUCCGCGGGGAAACCCUCGGCCUGAUUGGCUUUGGACGGUCGGGACAAGCCGUGGCGGUGCGUGCCAAGGUGUUUGGCUUCAACGUGAUCUUCUACGACCCAUACCUGCAGGACGGGAUGGAGCGCUCUCUGGGCGUUCAGAGGGUUUACACCCUGCAGGACCUGCUGUACCAGAGCGACUGUGUGUCCCUGCACUGCAACCUGAACGAGCACAACCACCACCUCAUCAAUGACUUCACCAUCAAACAGAUGCGUCAGGGUGCCUUCCUGGUGAACACAGCUCGAGGUGGGCUGGUAGAUGAGAAAGCUUUGGCUCAGGCUCUUAAAGAGGGCAGGAUACGUGGAGCUGCCCUUGAUGUGCACGAGGCCGAACCCUUCAGUUUUGCGCAUGGUCCCCUGAAGGAUACCCCUAAUCUGAUCUGCACACCUCACACGGCCUGGUACAGUGAGCAGGCCUCUCUGGAGAUGAGAGAGGCAGCCGCUACAGAGAUACGCAGAGCCAUCACUGGUCGGAUUCCAGACAGUCUAAGAAACUGUGUGAAUAAAGAGUUUUUUGUUAGCACAGCAACCUGGGGAGUGAUGGACCAGCAAGGUGUGCACCCAGAGCUUAAUGGCGCUGCCUACAGGUUUCCACCGGGCAUGGUUGGGGUGGCACCAGGGGGCAUCCCAGGGGCAUUGGAGGGCAUGGGCCCAGGCGGUGUGCCCAUCCCCCACUCACUCCCUUCGGGCACACACCCCACCCAGGUCCCCUCUCCUAACCAACCAUCCAAACACGGGGAGAGCAGAGAGCAUCUAACAGAGCAAUAGCACCAUGACCAUACUCACACACACACACACACACACACACACACACACACGCUCAUGUAGCACAUACACACCUGCAGACAAAUGCACAACCUCUUAAAAACAUGUACAUUUAGACGUACUUUAUUACAGGUAUAUUUUGACACACCUAUACACACACAAACACAGGAGCCAUCGUCAUGCCAAUAUGUUUCCCAGUAUCUUUCCAAUGAAAUCACCCAUCUUCCGGGACCAAGAGACUUCUCUCUCUCUCACACACACAUUCAAACACAUGCCGCACACAAACAUACUUGCAUACAUACACAUUACAGCUCAACAGGACUGCUUAACACAAGACUUAAUACUCUUUUGUUUGUUUGUUUGUUUGAUAAGCUUGUUCAGUACAUUUCUUUUUUCCUCUCUUUGCUUGUGGCUCAGAAGAGAUCGCAGUUGUAAGGCAUGGAUGAAACAAAGCCCUCCCUCUCAAUUCAUGCCUCACUGGAUAAACCACGUUUCCUUGCACCAUUCUGAGAGCGCUGACAAACCACCACUUAAUGUGCUUACUAGUCCACUCACUACCCGAGUUCUGCCCUUCUCACUGAUCCCACCCACUUUCCUUUUGUUGGUUUGAAGUGUUUUUUUUCCUUAUUUUAAGCCCUUUAAAGAAUAUUUUCAGUGUGGAAGAAUAAAAUAAAAGUCGUGGUUAUAAAAUAUAUCUAUAUAUCUAUAUAUAUAUAUAUAUAUAUAUAUUUAUCAGACAACAGACAAAGGAAAACGUUAACCCUCUCUUGGCCACACCUACCAACACACCCAUCCUUUACAUGAUUGACAGUUGAACAGUCAUCCUCAUCAUGUACAGACUUUUUAAGAAGUGGAAUGCCAGAUGAUAUAUUGACUGAUCCUGUGUG